AUCUAUACAUAUGAGCAUCUUCUGGCUCACCACUGUUCACACCUUGCCUCUCUCUACUCCCCCUCCAAGUCGGCAUUGGUGACUUUUCCUGUUCGAUCACAAAUGGCAGACAUAGAGACCAAGCUGGACCCCAUUUCCGAUGAUAACAAGUCAUUGGACCACUCUUCUUCCUCUAUCGCAAAUGCCGACGUCGUCAGCUAUGGGCAGGGUGUAGAUGUCGCUGUGGACUUGGUAGCUGGUGAACAUGCGAAUGACGCUCCAGUUCCACCAGAUGUAGCAAGUCGCAUUCGGAGGAAGCUUGACUGGCAUCUUCUACCCUUGCUCUUCCUGCUCUACACUUGCCAGGGUAUGGAUAAGGGUGCUCUAGGUGCAACGGCCAUCCUGGGCAUUAAGAAGAGUGCCCAUUUGAGUGGCGCACAGUUCAACAACUUGGGUUCAGCGUUCUACAUUGGCUUCAUCGUCUUCGAGUAUGGCCAUUCUUUGGCCCUUCAGAGGUUUCCCGUCGCAAAAUGGCUCACUUUCAACAUAUUCUUAUGGGCACUCUUCAUUGGAUGUCAUGCUGCGGCUAAGAGCUAUGGUUCCCUUUUUGCGCUUCGAUUCCUCCUUGGUGCCACCGAAGGCGCCGUUACCCUUUCUGUCAUGAUUGUUUGCAACAUGUUUUAUAACCGCACCGAGAUCGGAGAACGCAUAGGCUGGACGUUUCAAUGCAACGGCCUCGCUUUGAUCUUUUCCUCCGUGUUCUCCUUCGCUGUUUACCAUGCCAACCCGAAGGCUUCGCCUAAUCAGUGGCAGUGGCUUAUGAUCGUGAAUUCCAUUAUCUCCUUUAUUGUUUUUCUCCUCUUUUUGCGCUUCUUCCCCAAUAAUCCCUCAUCGGCAUGGUUUCUUACUCCAGAGGAGCGUGUCAUUGCAGUGAAACGUAUCCAGGAAAACCGGAACGGUAUUGAAACCAAGAAAUUCAAGAAGCAUCAGUUCAUCGAAGCUCUACGCGAUCCCAAGACGUGGCUCUUCUUCCUGUUUGCGGCCAUUUCCAACCUUCAGAAUGGAAUUGGUAUUCAGUAUGGUAUCAUCAUACUAUCCUUCGGCUUCAAGGUUUGGAAAGUGACCUUGCUUUCCAUUCCACUCGGCGCUGUGCAAAUCGUUGGUAUAACAGUGGGAGGGUUGUUCCUCCGUCGCUUUCCCAAUUCACGAGCAUGGAUCGGCAUGGGUGCCUUCGUGGCACCCAUGGUCGGCGCUAUUCUGCUUGUCACCCUGCCGUUGCAUAAUAAGCACGGACUUCUGGCCGCUUACUAUGUCCUAAAUUUGAGUGGUGCUUCUGGCUUCGUUAUGGUCUUAUCCUGGGUUACUUCCACAUCUGCUGGCCAUACAAAGAAGCUCACAACGAAUGGUAUUUUCAUGAUUGGUUAUGCUCUUGGUCAAAUUCUUUCCACCCAGUUCUGGAAGGAUAGUUAUAAACCACGGAACUAUGUCCCGUGGGGAAUCACGAUGGGUUCUUACGCCGGAAAUUGGGUCCUUUUGCUUACGCUCAGGUGGUACCUUCAGAGGGAGAACAAGCGGAGGGAUCAACUUCAAGCUGGGUUGGCCAAUGAGGACGACAUGUUUGGAUAUGUCGAGCGGGCGGACGAGAAGGGUCAGGUCGUUAGGCAGAAAGUUGAAAAGGCUUUGCUCGAUUUGACCGAUCGAGAGAACUUGUCUUUCCGUUACGUUCUGUGAGCCCCCCCCCUCGUUAUGCGUGUUCGUCCGCUUUUCCGCGGCAUCCUUUUUUAGUAUAAUUCUUCACGCUCUUCUUUCUCAUUGCCGCACCUCCGGUUUUGGGAAAUGUCCUUCACGUUUGCGACAACGCGCUACCGUCCAUUUCCUUGCCACUGCAAAUUUUUCGUGUAUAUACGCAACUACUAUAUCCUGCAACUCGACAGUCAAGAAAAAGCACCACGUAGGUCCCUACCCAUGACCAUGUCGUGAUUUUCCCCUCAACU